AGCCAAUUGAGAUUUGUGUUCGCACUUGCUUUACGGAGUAUUUACGAAUCCCGGCCUUUAUCUACGUGAUGCUAGGUUCAAACUUGUCUACUGGCAGUCAGUCAUUUCAUGGGGUUUCUUCGGUCUCAAGGUUUGGUGAGGCCUCUCCGUAUCACCAGAACCCACCACUUUCUGUAUAUCCACGUUCGUUAUUGGAACAUGUUGUUAGCCUUGAUAUCGAUCAUCAACCCGCAUAUGUCCGAAAUACUGGUAUAAUAUGCACCAUCGGUCCUGCUUGUCGCACUGUCGAGAUACUACAGAAUAUGAUGACAUCUGGAAUGAAUAUUGCCCGUCUGAAUUUCUCUCACGGCAGUCACGAAUAUCAUGCGAAAACCAUUGAGUUGGUCCGAGAGGCUGCCGCAACUUUAAAACCGUUCCCUCGACCAAUAGGGAUUGCUUUGGACACCAAGGGACCUGAAAUUCGUACUGGCCUUAUUAACGGGAGUGGGACCGCUGAAGUCAAUCUUCAAGUUGGUCAUAAAAUCCGUGUAACUACUGAUUGCGCAUACAUGGAAGCGUGUGAUGAGUCUAUUCUGUAUGUGGAUUACCGAAAUAUUGUACAUGUUUUGUCUAAAGGAUCAAAGAUUUUCGUUGAUGAUGGUUUAAUAAGCUUAGUGGUUUUGGAUAAAGGUCCUGAUUACCUUGAAUGCGAAGUUGAAAAUGGUGGAAAGCUAGGGUCUCGUAAAGGAGUUAAUCUCCCAGGAGCCCAUGUCGAUUUAGAUGCAGUAUCAGAAAAAGACAAACAAGAUCUCCGUUUUGCAGUUGAGCAUAACGUUGACAUGGUGUUUGCCUCUUUCAUUCGGAAUGCUGAUGCUGUACACCAGAUCCGUCAACUUCUCGGUGAUAAUGGUUCCCACAUCAAAAUCAUCGCUAAAAUCGAAAAUCAUGAAGGCGUCCAACGGUUUAAUGAAAUCCUUGAUGCUGCUGAUGGAAUUAUGGUUGCUCGUGGUGAUCUAGGGAUAGAAAUCCCUGCUGAAAAGGUUUUCAUAGCACAAAAGAUGAUGAUUGGUCGCUGUAAUCAGGUUGGGAAGCCUGUGAUAUGUGCCACACAAAUGUUGGAGUCAAUGACUACUAAGCCUCGUCCAACACGUGCUGAAUCAAGUGACGUUGCUAAUGCCGUACUUGAUGGUGCAGACUGUGUUAUGCUUUCAGGUUGGUUUCGAUUUCAUAAUAUUUUACAUUUUCGACGUUACCUACUCAUCAAACCAUAACUAUGCACUUCAAAUAUUACACGUUUUCGUACUAUUUUUCUCAAAAUUCUUGGAUACUCUGUGUCCCUGCAGAUUCACACACUGAAACCAAGCUCCGUCUUGUCCACUGGUGGGCUAAAUGUUUUUAAAAACCAUACAAAUAGAAAAUACUUGUUCAUAUUCCAGCUGAUAUCGUAAAGUCAUGCAAUACUUCUAUUGAAUAAAAUAUCUAUUUGGUCAGUGGGCAUUUAAAUAUCAAAUCAUGCAUUGAUCAACAAGAGUUCCAGUCCAAAUUACGCAUCAUUUAAUGUAAAAACUCAUUUGACAGGUAGGCACUUGGGUAUUAACCACAAUCUAAGUGUAAGAGCUAAUGAUACCUACCCUAGUUGUCGAAACCAAAGUAGUCAGAGCCGAGUUCAAACCUUGGUCUUAGUAGUUUGAAGUUGAACAUCUUAACCACUAAGCCAUGGAUAUUAAAUUAAUUGCAUUUCACUAAAGUCUACUUGCUAAACCUUUACACCAAAAGGUUUUUUAAAUGUCAACCGCUUGAGGUAAAUUUGAACAAGGGGUUUCAUUGCUCACCUCAUCAGAUUUUUACCUGCCAAAUUGAAUCAAUCUCCACCUAUAUUUCGUUUGGAUAGUGUUCUAUCUUUUUUUUUGUUUUCUAGAAAAUUGUUUCAUCCAUUUUGAUUUUUCUAUCUAAUCAUUUUAGCCCAGUACUAGAGAAGUGGUGACGUCUGAGAAACAGCAGAAAUCUGAUUACAUAAGUUAUAAAUUACACAUAUAAAAGCAGUAACAUUUAAUUGACGAGCAGAUGAAUUUCAAUCAUAAUCUACCUUUUUUCUAUUCACAGCAAUAUUCAUAGGUUAUUAUCAGGUUUUUAAUUAUCAAUCAACCAAAAUAAAUUGUUCAUUUUUCAACUUAUUUUAUAUUUUAUAAUUCAGGAGAAACGGCCAAAGGAUUAUAUCCAUUAGAGGCUGUACAAACUAUGCACCGUAUAUGUGUACAGGCUGAGGCAGCAAUGUUUCAUGGACAAUUGUUUGAAGAUUUAAAGUCUUCUUUAUAUGGUCCAACUGAAAUGGCUCACACCACUGCAAUUGCUGCAGUAGAAGCUGCUAGUCGUUGUAAUGCUGCCGCUAUCAUUGUGAUUACAACAUCUGGCCGGUAAGUAUGUUUUUAUCUUACAUAAAAUGAAUCAAUGACUACACACAUUCUCGUUUCUAUUAAAAUUAAAACUGGUCUAAAAUAUACUGCUAUUCUAAUUUAUUUAGAAGACAGUGAAUGAAAUACUCGGAAAUACUUUAAUAUAUUAAAAGCACUGAGCUUCAUCAAGCUGCAUGAAAUUUAUGUCUUUAAUAAUAGACGUUCAACAAAUAAUUCGAUGGAAAAAAAUCAACAAACUAGAUGGAAUUAGUUGUUAAAACUUGAAACAUCUAAAUAACCAACUUGAAGAGAGGACAUCGCGAACUGCGUGAAGCCAAAGAAUAUACAACAAUAAAUGAAACAGCUUUAUGAUACAACGAAGAAACUGGCAGGGAGAUAUAGUAAACCAAAGAGAUCGGUCAAGGACAAAGAAGGCAGGCCAAUCACUGGAAUUCAAGAACAGAGGAACAGAUGAGUAGAAUACUUUGAGGAACUCUUGAAUAGACCAGCUUCAUUGAAUCCAGCGGACAUCGAAACAACACACACAGACCUUUCUAUAGAUGUCACUCCACCAACGACCGAAGAAAUCAGGAUGGCCAUCAGACAAAUCAAGAGCAGGAAAGCAGCAGGACCUGACAAUAUACCAUCUGAAGCACCGAAGUAACUGCAAACAUGCUUCACCUUCUAUUUAAGAUUUGGGAGGAGCGACAAGUGCUGACGACCUGCGUGAAGCCAAAGAAUAUACAACAAUAAAUGUAAAUAUUUGGUCACAAAAAUGAUGAACCAAUAAAACUCGCAUGGUUGAGAUUAAAAUAAACAUUGAAUAUUCUUAUAUGUCAAAAUCAUUCUUCGACAAUUUCAAGGACUUAGAAAUCUUAACAAAUGUUGACAUUUUCAGGACCACGUUUAAAUGUCCUGCGACAAUAAAAGUUAAUUAUUUAAAAUAACGAGCGUGUUCAUCGGGAAAAUAUAGUUUAUUAAAAAAAAUAGGAUUUAUUUGUGAAAUACAUGUAAUUAAUUGUUCGCGUUACCUAAUCUGCUGGCUGCUUGUUAAUUAGAAAACCUAUGAUAAUUGUUUUCAUCGAGUGUUGUAUCAUUUGUAGAUAGGAGGACAUUAUGGAAACUACUUCGACACUAUGGAGUUCCUGAGAAGAUUGUCAACAUUAUCCGGAACUCAUACGACGGACUACAGUGCAAAGUCGUGCAUAGAUGACAGCUGACAGAUGCAUUCCAAGUAAGGACCAGAGUCAAACAAGGCUGUCUACUCUCUCCCUUACCCUUUCUUCUGAUGGUUGACUAGAUUAUGAAAACCUCGACAUCUGAGGGAAAAUACGAAAUACAAUGGACAACUCAGAACCAAUUAGACGAUUCGGACAUCGCAGAUGACCUAGCCCUCGUAUCCAAUACACACGAACAAAUGCAGAUAAAGACAGCCAGUGUAGUAGCAGUCUCUGCAUCGGUAGGCUUCAACAUAUACAAGGAGAAAACCAAGGUCCUCAAAUUCAAAACUGAGAACAGCAGUCCAAUCACUCUUGAUGGCGAAACUCGGGAAGAUGUAGAAUCCUUCACAUACUUGGGAAGCAUCAUCGAUGAACAAGGAGGUUCAGGUGCAGACGUAAAGGCGAGGAUUGGCAAGGCAAGGGCCUCAUUCCUACAAUUGAAGAACAUAUGGAACUCAAGACAUCUGUCUGUCAACCAAUAUCAAAGUCACAAUCUUCAAUACGAACGUCAAAACAGUCAGUUCUACUGUACGGAGCUGAAACUUGGAGAACUACAACAACCGCCAUCAAGAAGGUACAAGGAUUUAUAAAUAGCUGUUUUCGCAAGGUACUCAACAUCCAUUGGCCGGAUACCAUCAGCAACAGCCUACUGUAGGAGAGAACAAACCAGCUUCCAUUUGAAGAAGAAAUUAGGAAAAGAUGAUGGAAACGGAUAGGACAUACAUUAUGCAAAUCAUCAAACUGCAUCACGAGACAAGCCCUAACUUGGAAUCCUGAAGGGAAGCGGAAAAGAGGAAGGCCAAAGAACACAUUACGUCGGGAAAUAGAAGCAGGUAUUAGAAGAAUGAAUAACAACUGGAAGGAGCUAGAAAGGUUUGCCCAGGACAGGGUUGGAUGGAGAAUGCUGGUGAGCGGCCUAUGCUCCUUCACGAGGAGUUUCAGGUGUAAGUUGUAUCAUUUAGAUUAGAAUGAUUAACGAAAUGAAGAAGGCACUUAUAUGUACCCUGUUUUUUGAUGCUUUAAAGGGUACUAUACAAUAUCGAUAUAUGUUUCUUGAUUAUGUAUAUUUAACAUUCGUUUUGAUUAAUUCUCUUCUAUAUGUUAGUUCAUGCCAACUGAUCUCACGUCAUAGACCUCGUUGCCCAAUCCUCACUGUGACACGUCAUGAAUAUAUUGCUCGUCAAAUUCACCUUUAUCGUGGCGUUCAUCCUCUGUAUUAUGGUGGUAAGUUGUAUAUAAACAAUCAGAAACAUUUUAUUAAAUUAUCAAAUAUUCAACUAAAUUUAUUGUGUGCAAUGACAGUAAAUUUACCCGAUUUUAACUUUUUAUUUCAUGUAUUUUACAGAACCACGAGCUGGAGAAUGGUACGAAGAUAUGGACCGUAGAAUUCGUUAUGCUAUUGAUUAUGGUAGAAAGCGUUCAUUUUUCUCGCCUGGGUGCUUCGUAAUAAUUGUAACUGGUUGGAAAGCUGGUUCCGGUUCUACGAACACACUUCGUGUUGUCAAACUAGAAGAUGCAGAAACUAAGCCAAUAGUUAUGGUGCCAAGUAUUACACACUUUGAUGAUUAGGUUAACUUAUAUAAUUGAUUAUUCAAAUGAUGGGACUUUAUCACAAACACUUUUUCAGUUCUUUUAGUUUCAUCGUAUGUACUUCAAUUUAGUCAUGUUCCGUUCCUUACCCUCUUAAUCACAGAAAUUCUUGUCAUUUAUAUUAAUAGAUGUAACCUUCCAGCUGAAAUUCGUUUUAUUCAACUAUAAUUGUCUAAAUACUUUGUGGAAGCAUCACUUAAAAGAUGUGUAUGUGUGUAGUCGUCUUUUUUAGUGGACCUAUGGUUGCACUUCUUUACUUUCCUCUUUUCACGCACGCAACUUAGAAAUGUCUGAAAAUCUAUAAAAUAACAUUUUAUUUUUUGUCAAAUCAAGUCAUUGAUUAAUCAUUUUCCUGCAUGUGUGCGUCAUAUUAAAAUAAUUGUACGCAAUAUACUUUCCAGAUAAUUUCCUAAACUUUUUAUUUGUAAUGAAACAUAAUAUCGUUGCUUGCUAGUCUCCGCGUAUCAGAAAUGUUGUUUAAAGGCAAUAAAUUUCACCAAGACUAGUC